AUGGAUCUGCACCAGGGAUUACAGUCCCGCGACAACUCUGGGACUGAUCAGUUCAUCAAACUCAUUUCAAAUCCCUUCAAAUCGGCGUUCACAGUCACUUCGCUUUGGGCCUCGCUAGGAACCUCUCUCGGCACCACAAUCCUCUGCACCCUCCUCUUCUCCCUGUUCCGACCCCGCCACUCGCUCGUCUAUGCACCCAAAGUGAAGCAUGCCGAUCGUAAACAUAGCCCGCCGCCCGCGGGCAAGGGUUUCUUUUCUUGGGUCAAACCGGUUAUCCAAACCCGUGAAGCCCAGCUCGUCGACACCGUGGGCCUGGAUGCAGCGAUUUUCAUUCGUUUCACCAAAAUGUGUCGCAACAUCUUUAUCCUGAUUAGCAUCAUCGGCUGUAUGGUCAUGAUUCCGGUCAACGUCACUCAAAGCAAGGGAAAUAGCUACACCUCUGGGGUCUUUAGCACCAUGACUCCGCUCUAUGUGACAAACCAAACGGCCAUUUGGAGCCAGGUUGUCUGUGCCUGGUGCUUCGAUAUCAUUAUCGUGUUCUUCUUGUGGAGGAACUAUAAAGCCGUACGAACCCUUCGACGACAAUAUUUCCAGAGCUCCGAAUACCAGCGCAGUCUCCAUGCACGAACGCUGAUGGUGACGGAUAUCCCUCCAUCAGACCGUACGGAUGAAGGGAUUUUACGCCUCACCGACGAAGUCAACCCGACUGCUGCCCUUCCUCGUGCUGCUAUUGGACGUAACUCACGCUCUCUGCCAAGCAUCAUUGAAGAGCAUGAAGAGAACGUGAGAAAAUUGGAGUCAGUCCUAGCCAAGUACUUGAAGCGCCCCAAUCAGCUGCCCGCAAAACGACCCUCCAUGCGCCCUCCACGCAGUCAGCGCAGCAAGCACCCCGGUGGAAAAGUGGACGCGAUCGACUAUCUCACGGUUCGAAUUCGAGUCCUGGAGGAAGAAAUCAAGCAUGGCAGGGCCUCGAUCGACCGCCGGAAUGCAAUGCCGUACGGCUUUGCAAGCUGGGAGAACAUUGAACACGCCCAUGCUGUGGCCUGGACUGCUCGUCGGAAACAUCCCAAGGGCACCACUAUCUCGCUCGCGCCUCGACCAAGUGAUCUCAUCUGGGAAAACCUUCCCUUGACCAAAUCGUCGCGCAAGUGGAAGCGUUUCAUCAACUUCAUCUGGGUCACCGCUUUGACAAUUGUUUGGAUUGUUCCCAACGCCCUCAUUGCGGUGUUCCUGUCGAAUUUGAGCAACCUGGGCUCUGUCUGGCCGAAAUUUGAGACCUCGCUUGAAGAAGACCCCAAUUUGUGGGCCGCUGUUCAAGGUAUUGCGUCACCCGCGGUUACCUCGCUGGUCUAUCUCGUUCUACCUAUCAUUUUCCGACGUUUAUCCAUCCAGGGCGGUAGCAAAACCAAGACCUCCCGAGAGCGACAUGUCUUGGGCCAGCUGUACGCUUUCUUCGUGUUCAACAACUUGGUUGUCUUCUCAUUAUUCUCGGCUGCCUGGACUUUCGUCUCCUCGGUCAUUGAUAAGAGCAACAACGAUGAAAACACUUGGCAAGCUAUUAUCGAGAGCGAUCUGGCUUACAAGUUGAUGAGCGCGCUGUGCAACGUAUCCCCGUUCUGGAUCACUUGGCUUCUACAACGGAAUUUGGGGGCUGCUCUUGAUCUCCUUGGCGUGGGUUUGGUUCUCAAAGACAUUUCUCGCCCCCACGCCUCGUCAGGCCAUCGAAUGGACAGCCCCCCGUCGUUUGACUAUGCCAGCUACUACAACUACUUUCUUUUCUACGCAACCGUUGCAAUCUGCUUUGCCACUCUCCAACCGAUUGUCCUGCCGGUGACCGCAUUGUAUUUCGGCGUCGAUGCUAUGCUCAAGAAGUACCUUCUCAUGUACGUGUUCGUGACUAAGAACGAAUCUGCUGGCGCGUACUGGCGUGUCUUGUUCAAUCGUAUGGUCUUCGCCAGCAUUCUUGCCAAUGCUGUUGUUGUGCUGGUUGCCAAGGUUCAGGGCAGUACUGCCAUGGCCCUCUGCGUCGUCCCGCUACCUUUCUUGAUGCUGGGAUUCAAGUUCUACUGUAUGAAGACCUUUGAUGCCGACUGUGAGUUCUACAACCGCGCCAAUCUCACCGACGCCGAGGCGGUUGGUGCUUCCAAGACUAGUAAGAAAGCUGCAGAGCGACUGAACUCCAAAUUCGGUCAUCCCGCUCUCUACAAGCCGCUCAUGACUCCGAUGGUCCACGCCAAGGCCGCUGAAGCACUCAAGGAGAUCUACCAGGGACGUCUCGACCACGGCGACAUGGCGGGCGAGUACUCCGAUAUUGCGAUGAACCCGAUGUUGUCUUCUCAGCCUGGCAAGGCGGAGCCUGCUCCAUUCGAGAUGGUCCCCGAGAACCAUCUCGACUUCUCGUACUACAAGGACCGCGCCGACUUCCGCGACGAGUUCGGUGGCGGCAUCUAUGGCCGCCCAGAGGAUCUGAUGACCGAGCGCUCUCAAACACCGCGCAGCACCCUCGGCGGCGAAUGGUCUCCCAGCUCCUCCCGUGCCUCCUCCCCUGCACCCUCCCUGCCUUCCAUGUCCGGCCUGAAGCUGAAUGAGGGCUACCAAGACCCCGAAGGCGGCCUCAUUCACCCCGCCUUCCGCGUGCCGCUCUCACGUGGUGACAGCGGUGGUGCGCUCAGCAACAAUGGCCUCUACCAGCACCACUCGAACGAGAGUGAGACCCACCUCAUCGCCCAUGCUCAGACCCCCGCGCAGGUCGACGCCAACCCGAUCGACCGAUGGCGUAGUCGUGGCUACGGCCCGGUACAGCAGGACGAGGACCCGUACCAAACCUCAUACGAAGCAUAUCGGGCCCCGCGGUAG